CAGCCAACGUGACAUGGGCUGUCAGCGCAGGAGCUAAUGGGUACACAGCAAUUGCAACAGACAGGCAGCAGCAACGUUUAGCUUCUUGUCACUCUAUGGGAACUUCCUGUCAGCUGACCUCUCUGCCGUGUGGGAUGAGACUAAAUGUGACUGUCCAAGCUGAUGGCACCACCUGCAACAGCAGCUCUCAACCUAAAGCUGUAGUGGAAACAGCUCCCUGCAUUCCCACCAGUGUUGCUGCUGCUCUAAACUGUACAUCCAACAUUGCUUCCAUCACCUGGUACAGUGCACUUGGUGCCUCUUGGUACUUGGUAAAGGCGGAAAGCAGCCAAGGGUACAAGACAUCCUGCAACAACACUGUCACUCAAUGUGAUAUCCCAAACCUGCAGUGUGGCCAGGAAUAUUCCAUCACAGUCAUGGGCAUGAAUGGUGUCUGCAUGGGCCCGGCUAGCCAGCCUGUCACUCUCGUCUCAGGUACUUGAACUCAGCUCAUUAGUGAUAACUAGUGAUUGAAACAACAAACCAACUUCAGUUUUUUCUG